AUGUCCGAUCUCACUUCAUCCCUCGGUGUCGUGACCGACAACCCCGCUAUGGCUGCUAUCAAGGAUGCAUACAACUCGUUCUCCGAGCGGAGGGCGUUGCUCAACCUGCCCAACCCCGGCACUGUCGAGAACAUCGCGCGUGAGGUUCAGAAGGAUGUGCUGUUGACCAACUUCAUGUUCACAGGCCUUCGGGCAGACCUUACCAAGGUCUUUGGCAUGACUCCUCUGUUCCGCGUCUCGCACGCUUUCUCCAUGGGCUCGGCCUCAGGCACCAUGCCCCCCUACGCCUUCUCCGCUAUGUACGGAAGCCCCAAGGUCUUUAUGCAAGGCAACAUGGGCAGUGAUGGCACCCUCUCCGCCGUCUACAACUACCGCUGGAACCAGGCUUUGGUCACCAAGACCAAUGCCCAGGUUAUGGCCGGUGCUACCCAGGGUCUUCUCCAGAUUGAUAACGACUACACUGGUGCCGAUUUCUCUGCUUCCAUCAAGGCUUUCAACCCGUCCAUCUUCGAGGGCGGUCUGACCGGAAUUUUCGUCGGUAGCUAUCUGCAGUCCAUUACACCUGGUCUGGCUCUUGGUUUUGAGGCUAUCUGGCAGCGCCAGGGCAUGAACUCCCGCCCCGAGACUGCUCUUUCCUACUGUGCCAAGUACAAGGGUGACGACUGGAUUGGUACCGCCAACCUGCAGGCUCAGGGUAACUUCGCCGCGACCUACUGGCGCAAGCUCUCCGAGCGCGUCGAGGCUGGUGUCGACAUGAACCUCCAGUUCGCUCCCAGCCCUGCUGCGAUGAUGAUGGGUGGCCCCAGCCGCGAUGGCACCACCGCCAUCGGUGCCAAGUACGACUUCCGUGCCUCCUCUUUCCGUGCCCAGGUCGACAGCGCUGGUAAGGUUAGCUGCCUGCUUGAGAAGCGCAUCGCCAUGCCUAUCCAACUGAGCUUCGCUGGUGAGAUCGACCAGGCCAAGCAAACGGCCAAGGUCGGCCUUGCCGUCUCUCUGGAGAUCGCCGGCGAGGAGCUGAUGGAGCAGCAGGAGAAGGCUGAUCCUGCUGCCCUGGUUCCUCCUCCCUUCUAA